GAUAAGAAAUUGAAAUAAAAAAACACCUGCCGGAAGCCGGAACCCGUCGAAAAGCACACCGCGUGCGCCUCGUUUUGUGUGUAUUUCUUUUAGUCUUUGUAAGUCGUGUUUAUUAAUCUCUAUCUUUCUGCCUAACUUUGAAUAGAAGUAAAGAGCUUCUACUAUCCAAAAUUCCCAAAAACUUCUCAAGAUAAGUGGAUAAUUCAUCACUCACCUAACCCCAAACUUUCGAAGCACAAAGAAAGCUUGCUGCUUAACGUUUUUAACGGCGAAAAAUCGAAAAUCAUAGUGUUUGGCGUCACUCUUAUCCUGAUACAAGUCUGACAAGUGGGGUUUUGCAUCAAUCACGACAAAUCUUCAACAUGGCUUGCAUUUUAAACGGAAGUAAAAUGGAAUGUGAUCUCCCCAAAACCAAAGGCCAGAUUCAGGUAAUUUUUGGGCCCAUGUUCUCUGGAAAGUCAACUGAGUUGAUUCGGCGCUUGAAACGUUAUCAAUUCGCAAAUUACAGGUGUCUAGUGGUUCGGUAUGCCAAUGACAAUAGGUAUGACACACAGUCUCUAGCUACUCAUGACAAGCAAAAACUUCCGGCAAUGUCUGCAACAGUUCUCACAGAUCUCAAAAGAUUUACAGAUGAAGUGGAUGUAAUUGGUGUUGAUGAAGGACAAUUUUUUACGGAUAUUGUUUCGUUCAGUGAAGAAAUGGCAAAUCUGGGUAAAAUAAUCAUCGUGGCUGCUCUGGACGGAACAUUCCAGAGAACAGGAUUUGGAGACAUUCUAAAUCUUGUCCCGUUGGCUGAAAGUGUUGUGAAACUAACUGCUGUUUGUAUGUCUUGCUUUGCGGACGCUUCGUACACGAAAAGAAUCGGGAAUGAAAAAGAGGUUGAAGUGAUCGGAGGUGCAGACAAGUACAUGGCUGUGUGUCGAGAUUGUCACCGAUUAUCUUCCCCUGUUAAACGGUCACCUUUUAAGACGUUGGAUCAACCAAUGAUUCAGGUGGAAAACUACAAUCACAAAAAAGAGCUUUUCUGCUGACAAAUUGUACCUUGCUCUUUUCCCACCUUUUGUAUCAUUACUCAUCAUUGACUUUUCUCUAACCAAAAAUUUGUAUAGCUGAGUAAGAAUUUUAUUCUGACAAUUUAAUUUUACUCAAUUUAUUUUAAAGACCCUUCUUAUUCCUAUUUUUUUAAUGUCAAAGAUCCUUUCAAAUUCUGUGACAGAGUUCUUAUUUUUAAGGUAAAAACGGUUCAAGUUGUUAAGAUGACGACCUAUCUGUAAGAUGGAAUAAGGUAAAUAUUAAACGAAGCAUUUUGUCCAUGGUUUUAUGUAUUUUGACAAUGGCAAAGUUAAAAACUGUUCUUUGCCUUCUUUUUCUUGUUUUUUAAAUUCAACUCUUUUUAUUUUGAAGUUUUUCUUUUUGACUUGUUUUUUUUGGCCAAAAGUCUGUACAAAUUUCUUUAAUCCUUAAAAUCACUUAGAAAUAGCCAAAUUUUGUUCAAGCUGACUGAAAGUGCCGACGGUCCUCCAAAAACCUUGAAUAAAAGGAGCGUGUCAAGACUUUAAAUUUCUAGAAUGUUUGUAUCUUUCUUAUUUUAAUAAAAAAAUAUUGCACAAGGAA